AUGAGGUCCCAGUCGCAUACGAAGAUGCCUACUAGACUCAGCACAUCAGGACCAAAACCAAAUUUGAACAGGUCCAAAUCUUCAGACAUUAUAAGAACGCUGCGGCAACCUGGUAUCAAGAGAAACAACAGAUCGUUCACCAAGGUUCCUGGGUUUCUUCCAUUGCAUAAGACGAUGCUGAACAGCUCUGUAAAGGGCGCAGGCACGCUCAACAGAUCUACUCUGGCAAACUCACUCAAAGGGUUUGCUCCCUUGCGUAAGACUACCCUGAACGGGUCGAGUAAGGAUAGACAUGCAUUACACAAGACGUUUCUGAACAGCUCCAUGAGGUCGAGUAAAUCGCUGAACUCCCUCAAAGGAUUGAACAACUCCGUUACGAACGGGCCAAGUAUUGGUCUCCGGCUCAGCUCAAAGAGAGGAAGGGCCAUUGUGAGGUUGAAUGAGGAUGCAGAAAGCAACGAAUAUGAGGAUCUCAGCGAGGAUUCAGAGCUGGAAACGAGCUCAAGGCAGCAGGACCGCUCAAACGAGAACCUCCCACUGGAAACUCAAGAUUGGAAUGAGGAUCAUAAGAUUUCGCAAGUGCCAGAACAGUCUGAAAGUGAUUCAUCCAAAGACGAUACGCCAAUCGCAAAACCUGUUCCACAGAACAAGGCUCUCGGUAGAGUCAAGCAAGAGCUUGAAGCGGUUGACGAACGUGCAAAAUGCACGUCAGAACCCCCUGCUUUGAUAUCAACAAACAGCUCAACUGACGAACUCAUGAACAACAACUUAUACGGUGGAUCUUUGCUUCUUUCUCAAUCCACCGGCCUAACCAGGAAGAUCAAUGAGCCGCUAGGAUACAACAUGGCUGGUGGUGCUUCUGAUGAGAGGCUCGAUCGCUUGCGUGACGAGAGUGUUAGUGGUAUCUCGUUCAAGGCGAGGCCAUAUAAUGAGCUCCGAAACAAAGAACCGGCAGAGCCAGUCCAGGCCACUACGACGGCAUCAGUCAGCUCUUAUCAACCAGACCAGAGCAUCUUCAGUAAUUUGCAGAGAAACAACUCCAAGUAUCUAAGCAACGUCAAACUGCAAAGACCGUCGCAACAAACACAAUCACAGACACAAAAUGCAUCAAACAAGGACUUUUCAAGCUUCUUGAAUAGCAGUCAUUCUUCCAAUGGCGCUUCGAACCAUAAUAUCGAGACCAGAACUCAACAGCGACUCUGGCUUCAGCGUGAGAACUCUCUCAUGGAUGUUUCUCAGAACAUUGAUCCCACCAAGCUUCAAAAUUUGUCAAACAUGUCGCUUAACAAAUUGAUGUUUGCUCACAAUUACAACAACAGCACGACCAAUGUGAGGGAUCAGGGCAGAGUAGCAGCUCCACAGACAGCAGGUGUCCAAAGUGGACCACAGGUGGGAGAACAAGAAGGACAAGCCUCCGGCGACUCGUCAAAUGUCACGAACUUAUUCCAUCUCGUUCAAAGUGGGCAUCAACAGGGAUCUGUGCGUUCUAGAACGGAGUAUGAGAGAUUGAACCGAGAGUACCUCAAUGUGAGGCGUCAUUUGAAUCCUGUGGCAGAGUCCUUGAACCGAAUGGAGAAGUUCUACGCUCACAAGAAGGGAUUGAAUAUGCAAAAAAGUACAUCGGUCUCCAAAGGUGCUUCAUCGUCAGUUCAUUCCCAAUCGAUGAAUGCCAAUAAGUUCGAGGAGUUUGCAGCAGAUAGAGAAAACCGAGAAAGUAAAGCUGCCAUGCUUGUGAACAGAGUUUGGCAAGACGCCUUGCUUCAAACGUCAUCUAACUCAAGUCCGUCUGUAUCGCGGCAGGAGCCUGCUGACCAAGGCGGUUCUCAGUUUCAUCAAAACCCCCAGCAAAUUCAACAGAGGUCACAACCAAUGAGACCCAGCCGAAGCACGGGUAACAGCUCUCAAAGGUCUUCACUUACACCCACUACACGUGCGGUAAAACUCGCAUCCCAGGCAGCCGGGGAUGGCCAAAGGUAG